AUGCAUUUACUCCCCUCGGUCAAAUGGUUCCUCGCGGGCUUCCACGCAGCUGUAGCUGUCGCUACGAAUUCGGGAAUUGUCGAGGUCGACCUGGUAUUUCCGCGCAACGACACAUACGCUCCGACAGCCUUGUUCCCUAUUGUCUUCGCCAUCCGGAACUCAAGCCUCGCGCAGUUCGUCAACCCUUACAUCGAAAUAAGAGUCCGGAAUUCAAGCGAUCGGUUCGACACAUAUGUCACUCACGACUACGACCUUCGACAGGCGGAUUUCUCGAGCAGCGACCCUUACUUUGAGAGUCGUGGCUUCGGAAGAUUUAAAAAAGAAGGUAGUUACACAAUAGUGUGGACCGUCAGGCAGCAAAGCUGCCUCGCGGAUGAGUCCAGCCUGGCAAAUUACCACACUAAGGAUGUAAUCUCAAACAAUACGAUACGACUCCUUACGUUCACCAUCAAGAACGCCGCCCAGGAAGUCGAUCUUGUAUCUGCGACGAAUAAAGACAACGUCUGCCUCAGCGCGCAAGGCGUCGCCAUCGAUAUCACCGAUACCGUCGAGGGCCUGCUCGGGAGGAAGUGGUGGGGUGUCGGUGAUACUUGCGCGGUAGUGGCAUCUCCUACUCCUACCGCGAACCCUUGCCAGAUGAAGCUCGAUUCGGCCACUGCGGCGAGGAUAUCCUCGUCAGUAACAGCUGCGGCGUGCCGGCUGUCAAAUCCGAUCAUUGAUUGCCCCACCGAAGAUGAGGAAAAGAACAAUGCUCAACGUUUGGCUGUUGGAGCCAUGUCCUUGGUAGCAGUCGCAUUGGGGGCGUUUGGUUUUCUUCUGAUAUGA